UGUGGGACCGGAUGUUGAUAGACACGGCGGCGGGAGGAUGGAGUCCGGCCAGUGGUCAGCGGCAGGUCCCGGAGCUCAGGCCAAGGCGGUCAGGCUCCGGUUUGACCCGGACAAGCGGCUGGUCUGCGCCGAGUAUCCGGGGGCCGUUCGCGAUCGACGGAAGAUGCUGGAGACCCUGGGGGGAGAGGAGGGGGUUUCCCGGACCUAUGCUGACCCGUCCCGGAGGCUGGAACUGCAUUUUCGCCCAAAUGACCCUUACUGCCACCCAGUGUGUGCCAACCGUUUCCCGUCAACCAGCAUGCUGCUCAGGGUAAAGAGGAGGUGGAGAAAAAUGAGAGCAGGAACAUCUCAUGCGGAGGAAGGCAGAGGAGAGGAGGUUAAAUACGAAAUGGAAAUCCUUGGACUUAUUGGGACCACUUACAAAUUCCAGGGAUUGUCAGAUUUCCAGUUUCUGGUCACGCACACAACACCAAGUGGCUCGCAAGUGUCCAUGUAUGACAAGGUCAUUCUCUGUAAGCCUGAGCACAGAGAGUUUUUUGACCAGGAUUUGCCACUUUACAUUCCUCCACCGAUAUUUUCCCGUGUGGAUAACCCUGUGGAUUAUUACUACCGGCCAGAAGUCCAGCACAGGGAUGGUUACCAUCCUCCAAAACUAUCCAACGAGAACCUGAUUGGCCUGGGGCGAGCUCGCCGUCCUCACAAUGCCAUAUUUGUGAAUUUUGAUGAUCCAGAGGUGCCAUCCCAGCCUCUUGAAGCUGCUGUUCAGAACUGGAGGAAAUUCAACACACAGGCCACAGACCGGAAAGCUGAAGAGGAGCUGAAGAGGCUCUUCGAAAUCCGACCCAUCUGGUCCCGAAAUGCUGUGAAGUCGAAUAUUGACAUUCACCCAGACAAACUGAAGCUGCUUCUGCCUUUUGUGGCCUAUUACAUGCUUACAGGGCCCUGGCGGAGUCUCUGGGUCAGGUUUGGGUACGAUCCACGAAAAGAUCCCAAAGCGAAGAUUUACCAGGUGUUGGAUUUCAGGCUUCGAUGCAGCACCAAGCAUGGUUAUGUACCCUCAGACAUGCCAGUGAAGGCAAAGCGCAGUACGUUUAAUUACAGCCUCCCCAUCACCAUCAGCAAACCAGCCCCUCAGGUUGUGAGUAUUCAAGAUCUGGGAAAAGCUUCAGUAGUUCCCAAUGUCCCACAGAAGAAACAACUCACAACAUCUGGAUACAAGCUCAAGCAAUCAGCUUACAUAUUCCAGGAGGACACUCUACCACCUUAUCGACAGAUGUUUUACCAGUUGUGUGACCUGGAUGCAGACAGUUUAAGAAAAAUAAUUCAUCGCAAUGAAGCCAAGGAGACGACAUGUACUGAGCGAGAUGGGUGGUGUCUGCCAAAAACCAACGAUGAGCUCCGGGACCAGAUGUCUAACAUGAUUAAAGAAGCCUGGCACAAGAAUAAAGCAGUUUCACCCCCUUCAAGAAAGAAGCCAUUGGUCACACAGGAGAGGGAAGAUUCUGAAUCUGCUGAGGAUGAGGAAGACGAAGAGGAAGAGUUUCCACCGUCAGAAGGAAGUGAAAAUGAAAUGGAGACGGAAAUUCUUGAUUACCUGUGAUUUGAGAGACCGUGAGCUGCCGCUGACGUGGAGGGAGAGUGGAGUGGCGGUGAUUCUGGUAGAUACAGUUCACAUUGUCCUCCUUUCCUGAAGGAGGAUGGUGGCAUUUCUGUAGCCACUGCAUACAACAGUCUGGGAGUCCUGCAGUCAUUAAACCAGUGGGAAGAGAAACUGCUGAUCGUGUUGGUUACUGGUGUUCAACCAAUAAAUUCACGUGCUUCCUGUUUGCCUUUCAGCCAGCACCUUGGUGCAGUGGUACCACUGACUGGGGAAUGGGGUCUUGGGCUCCCUGUGCUGACUUGCAGCAUCAUCUGUCUCUCUGUUACAUUCACAGAGAGGGUUUGUGAUUUGCUUGACUCAGUGGUGCAACAGUUUAUCAGACUUUUCCCAGUUGCAUUAUGGGUUGUCAAAUGGGUCCUGUAUCUAUGGUGUGAUGGGACAGCACAUAGUGUUAGAGGUGAUGAACUACAGGUUAUUAACCUCAUCUGGUUAUUGUUGUCCGAAUCUUCCCGCAUUGAGUUCCUGUUCCCUUCCUGUUCCUCUUCUGCAAUCAACCUCCAGUACACCAGAAAUGGCCUCCAGCUGAAGUCCAUAGUGUUGGUUCCAGUAUUUCUGAUGUAGUUAGAUGGGGAGGCCUCUACUAUUGGCAUACAUCUCACAUCUGUUCUGCAACAGUCGGGACUAGCUAGUGAACUCCAGUAGGAAUCACUCUAGCUUCCCUUUUCCUCAGCCUGGACUCAAUUCAAACCCAGAUCCCAGAGGUGAGUUCCCAGGCCAGAGGGGUUUUUACCAUCAGGUUAUUGCUCUCGGGGAGCCAUUUCCAUUAAACCUCCUUUCACCCGUAACCUCUUGAAUGUUGGUAUUUAAACAUUGUUUUCCGUAGUUAAAUAUAGUUUGAAGCUUGUCUUCCAAACAGUGCUGUGAUUAUGUUUGCAUUUGGGGCGGAGCCGGGGGAGGUGUGUCUACCUGGUGAUGAGAGAUUUACAAACUCUGUCUCUCACAUUGCCCUAGUGCUGGGACCUGGCAGAGAAUUAUCUUUCAGAGCGUGCAGUAACAGCUACACUGAGGCACCUCUGAUUUGUUGCCUGCAGUAAUGCAGCAAACCAGUAGGUGGGGCAGUCCUGGAAAGUUUGUCCGUCCUCUUUGCGGUGUUCACUGGUUAUAACUCCAGUAAUGUCCCUGUUUGCACCUGACAUUCCUCUGGUUUUGGCUAUGCAAACCUUAAGCUCCCUGACUCUGUUGCUGGAAGAGAUUGGGUUCAAAUACAUCAAAGUGAUGGGUAGGAAAACAUGAACUGGUCCAUCAUAUUCAUGGUAAACGCCAAAAGAACUGCAGAUGCUGUAAAUAUGGGACAAAAACAAAGUUGCUGGAAACGUUCAGGAUUUCUGGCAGCA